UCUUGUCCCUGCACCAUGUCGAUUCCUCCACUACUCAAGAUCGAGGGCGAUUACGAUGUUCUGUUGGAGAUUUACACCCAUAGCUCCCUUAAAGAUGGUUCUAUGCUCUACAACGAAGAGUACGGCGACGUUGAUCGGCUGAUACAGCGGGGCACAAGCACUCUCAACGAUGGCCUCUAUGAGCACUUCUUCAAUAAACGCCCGCUAUUGAAUGUAGAGCAGAUAGCUGACCAUGUCUCGAAAGCGGUCACCCCAGAUAAACUCAGAGAAUGGUGUGUCUCAUGGAAUGUCAAAUCAAAAUUCCGGGCAGCGCCUGGGGCUUGCGACAUUCUCGAUUCCCCACCGGACAUGGAAAGAUUCCUUCAGGCUUACAUAGGAGCUUUGCGUCUACGCAAUCCUCAAUACCAACCGCUUGAAUUACCGCCCCCUGUUCCACCUGCCCAAUACCCUGGGCACACAGUGCAAAAUAGUUACCCCCCAACGCAGAGUAAUUACCCUCAGCCGCCUCAAGUUUCGGCCCCUACAGCCUCUGGUGGUAUUACCCUCCAGAAGAUCCACGAGGCUGCGGCAAAAAAUGGUUGCGCAAUGAGUUACGAGGCUCAACAAAUAUCUGGCCCAGCACACAAUCCAACUUGGCAGGCUGUUGCAAAAAUCGAUGGAAUUCCUUUCGGCGAAGCAACUGCAAAAUCCCAGAAAGCGGCGAAAGAAGAGGCAGCUCGAAAGGCCUUCGUCGCCAAAGGAUGGCGCGCAUAG